GUCAGAGAGACCUGGAGAGACAUUACGUGUCUAUCAAUGUCGAGUAAUUAUAUGAGACAUUGAAACAGUCUUUGCAUACAAGUCCUUAAGUGCAUCACAUACACUGCGAAAAUGGCAAGUCAGAAUUAUUUAAGUGAUCCAAAGAAUCCAUUUUUCUCUCUCGAAGAUGACAUUGACGAUGAAACCUUUCUAAAAAGUGCACCAUCGAGAUCUAUUGGUCACUCGACCUACGGUCCGUAUAACAAUUUUAACAACGAGCUCCACCACAAACAUCAACAACUGUUACAACGAAAAAAAGAGAUAGAAGAGCGUACAAUACAAUCGUCUGAAAGAUCUAUUUCGUUAUUAAGGGAUUCUGAGCAAAUUGGAGCUGCCACUGCAGAGGAACUUAUUAGGCAGAGAGAACAAUUAGAAAGAACAGAAAAAAGAUUAGAUGAUAUUAAUAGUACCUUAAGGUUUAGUCAGAAACAUAUACAAGGAAUAAAAAGUGUAUUUGGAAGUCUAAAGAAUUAUCUGAGUGGUAAAUCGAUGGAUGGACCCAUACCAUCAACUAAAUUAUCAGAGUCUUCUAGUUCUGAAUCUAUGGCAUCUCCUGCUCUGUCCAAUUCUUUAGAACAAGUUCAAACUAAUAUGGCUAAUACAAGUCCAGCACUAAAGUUGCGUGGCCUGUAUGAUGAAGAUGAAAGUAAUCAUUCUGUGAGUAAUAAUGUGAGUAAGAUUUUAGAAAAAAAUUUAGAUGAAAUGAGUGGUUCAUUAGCUAGAUUGAAAGGCUUGGCAAUAGGAUUAUCAGAAGAGAUAGAUUUACAAAAUGAUUUAAUUGACAACGUAACAGAUAAAACAGAGAAAGCAGAUAUAAUGCUUCAAAAGCAAAAUAAAGAUCUUACUCAUCUGCUGAGAAAGUAA